AUGUGUGGCAUCUUCGCCUACUUGAACUAUGAGUGUCCAAAGCAGCGCUCCGAGAUCCUCGAGAUACUUUUUAACGGCCUGAGAAGGCUCGAGUACCGAGGCUACGAUUCCGCUGGAAUCAGCGUCGACGCCGAUGCUGACUCAGAAGCGGUCAUUGCCACGUUAGCAGAGAUAAACGGAACCGAAGCUUCUUCGAAAUCGCUCGCGGACAUCACGAAUGUUACUUCAUCAGAACUCAAAGGCGCUGAGCCACUGCUAUUCCGACAGAAGGGGAAGAUCGACAACCUCGUGAAGAAAGUUCGGCAAGAUGUUGCGGAAUCCAAAUUGGAUAUGAGCCGCGAGUUCCCCCGCCACGUCGGCAUUGCGCACACGCGGUGGGCCACUCACGGCGCGCCGUCCCCCCGCAACUCGCAUCCCCAGUCGUCCGGUCCGAGCCACGACUUUCUGGUUGUUCACAACGGAAUUAUAACCAACUACAAGGCGCUGAAGGGCACUCUCCAGCGGCACGGGUUCACGUUCGAGUCGGAGACAGACACCGAGGUGAUCCCGAAGCUCGCCAAGUUCGUGUACGACAAUCUGCUGCAGUCGGAAGGGGGGCACGGCGGCGAGGGCAUGGCCAACGGCGUCUCGAGCAAGACAGCCAACGGUGGGUCUUCUGGUGAGCGAGUGGCGUUCACGCAGGUGGUAAUGGAGGUGAUGCGGCAGCUGGAGGGCGCCUACGCGCUGCUCUUCAAGAGCCCGCACUUCCCCAACCAGCUCGUCGCCUGCAAGCGCGGCAGCCCGCUGCUCCUGGGGGUCAAAGUCCCCUCCGACGGCCGGAAAUCCGCGUUCGAUAUAGUAGGCGCGGAGGAGCCGGGGGGGGUGGUGCGCGGUGGAGCGGUGGCGACUGGGCCGAGAGAGUUGUUUCUAGCGAGCGAUGCGAGCGCGGUGGUGGAGCAUACGAAGAAGGUGAUGGUUAUAGAGGAUAACGAGGUGGUGCAUAUCAGGGAUGGGGUCGUUUCGCUGUUUUCGUUCGAGCCGGAUAAGGCGAAGCGGGGGCUGCCGCCGACGACGGCGCUGCAGAGGGCUCUUUCUACCUUAGAGAUGGAGGUGGAGCAGAUCAUGAAGGGGAGUUAUGACCAUUUCAUGCAGAAGGAGAUUCACGAGCAGCCCGAGUCGCUCACAAUGACGCUGAGGGGAAGGCUGAUACAUGGGAAAGCGGAUUCGCUGUCACCCACUGCGUCUAAUGCUUGUAGCUCCCUUCCGCCCUCCGUCUCUGCAGCAGCAGCAGCGGCAGCAGUGGCAGCAGCUGCUGGUGACUCUUCUGCUGCUUCUGCCGCUGCUGGUUCGAAUGGAAGCAGCCCAGUAGCCUCAACAGCAGCAGCAGCAGGAGGGGGACUUUCCGGCCUCCCGCCCCUCUCCCCUCUCUCCAAACUCUCCCCUGUCAGCCGCGAAACCUCCACGCCUUGGUCAGAGGAGAAAGGGGUGCUUCUGGGAGGCCUCAAAGACCAUCUUCUCACCAUCCGCCGCAGCAGGCGGAUCAUUUUCGUGGGCUGCGGCACCAGUUACCACGCAGCACUCGCCGUGCGCCCUCUGUUAGAAGAGCUCUCCGGGGUGGCGGUUCAACUGGAGCUGGCGAGCGACAUGCUAGACAGAAACGCGCCGGUUUAUAGAGAGGAUACGGCGGUGUUUAUGAGCCAGUCGGGGGAGACUGCGGACACGCUGUCGGCGCUGGAGUAUGCGCGGGCGAGGGGGGCGCUGUGUGUGGGCGUGACGAACACUGUUGGCAGCGCUAUUGCCCGCCGCACGCACUGUGGUGUGUUUAUCAACGCUGGGGCUGAAAUCGGCGUCGCCAGCACCAAGGCAUACACGAGUCAGAUCGCAGUGCUGGUGCUGAUGGCGCUGGCGAUUGGCGAGGACAGCAUUUCCUCAAAAGAGCGAAGAGAGCGGAUUAUAGACGGGCUCAUUGACCUGCCCAGGAAAGUGCGUCAAGUGCUGAGGCUGGACUCUGAAAUCCAACAAUUGGCUCACGAGCUGUCAGGGGAGCAGAGCCUGCUGGUGUUUGGCCGCGGGUACAACUACGCGACGGCGGUGGAGGGGGCGUUGAAGGUGAAGGAGGUGGCGCUGAUGCACAGCGAGGGCAUUCUGGCGGGCGAGAUGAAGCACGGCCCCCUCGCCCUCGUUGACGCCACUCUGCCUAUUAUCGUUGUUGCUACUCGGGACAGCACCUGCAGGUGA